GCAGGCGCCUUACACUAUCUCUACCUGGCCUCCUUCACCUGGAUGCUGCUGGAGGGCCUGCAGCUCUUCCUCACUGCGCGCAACCUGACGGUGGUCAGCUACUCCAGUGUGAGCAGGUUCAUGAAGAAGCUCAUGUUCCCUGUGGGCUACGGAGUCCCGGCCGUGAUCGUGGCCGUUUCUGCAGCAUCCAGGCCUCGUCUUUAUGGAACUUCAACCCGAUGCUGGCUCAACACAGACAAAGGGUUUAUAUGGGCCUUCCUUGGCCCCGUCUGCACCAUCUUCUCUAUCAACUUGGCUUUCUUUCUGAUGACCUUCUGGAUUGUGAAAAACAAGCUCUCCUCACUCAACAGUGACGUGUCCACCCUCAAGAACACGAGGAUGCUGACCUUUAAAGCUACAGCUCAGCUCUUCAUCUUGGGCUGCACGUGGUGUCUGGGAAUCCUGCAGGUGGGACCAGCUGCCCGGGUCGUGGCCUACCUCUUCACCAUCAUCAACAGCCUGCAGGGCGUCUUCAUCUUCCUGGUGCACUGCCUCCUCAGCCAGCAGGUCCAGCAGCAAUACAGGAAAUGGUUCAAAGGGGUCACAAAAACCAAAGCCGAGUCUGAGAAGUACACGCUGUCCAGCAGGGCCGUGUCUGAUGCCUCCAAACACAGUGUGGUAAGGGCACGCAUUGCUCCCAGAGCACUUCACUAA